GGCGGGGCGGGGGCGGGGUCUGCGCCGGCGCCGGGUCCGGCGGGCGCUCUGCCAGCUGCGUAAACAAUGCCGGAGCACCGCGGCGGAGCAGACGGAGAACCUGAGAGGCAUCCAUCCCAUCCGGAACAGUUGCAGAGCCAACUUGACCCAAAAUUGACAACUUGGGUUGCCAGCCUGUCCUGAGAGUAACUGAUCGGUACAGACCCCGGCUUCCGGAUUGCAGAGUAUCAUCAGUCUUCAGUUCCAACUUAGAAGCAAAAGGAGUACAUCCCAGCUGCUCUGUUCUCCUUCAGGAACCAGGACAGAUUCCAAGAAGUAGCAUUUCAGGAUCAAAAGGCACUUUCGGAGGUAGGGUCAUGCUCACAUUCAUGGCCUCUGACAGCGAGGAAGAAGUGUGUGACGAGCGGACGUCCCUGAUGUCAGCCGAGAGCCCCAUGCCGCGCUCCUGCCAGGAAGGCAGGCAGGGCCUGGAGAACGGAGAGGGUGCCGCCCAGUGGGUAGGUUCCCACCAGCAGUCCAAGGCCUCCGGACAGAGAGGCCAGGAGAGCGAGGAGGACCAUGAGGAGGACCCUGACCGCUACGUCUGCAGCGGGGUCCCCGGGCGGCCACCAGGCCUGGAGGAGGAGCUGACCCUCAAAUACGGGGCAAAGCACGUGAUCAUGCUGUUUGUGCCUGUCACGCUGUGCAUGGUCGUGGUGGUGGCCACCAUCAAGUCCGUGCGUUUCUACACGGAGAAGAAUGGACAGCUCAUCUACACACCUUUCACCGAGGACACAUCUUCGGUGGGCCAGCGCUUCCUCAACUCCGUGCUCAACACCCUCAUCAUGAUCAGCGUCAUUGUCGUCAUGACCAUCUUCCUGGUCGUGCUCUACAAGUACCGCUGCUACAAGUUCAUCCACGGCUGGCUGAUCAUGUCCUCCCUGAUGCUGCUGUUCCUUUUCACCUACAUCUACCUUGGGGAAGUGCUCAAGACCUACAAUGUGGCCAUGGACUACCCCACCCUGUUCCUGACCGUCUGGAACUUCGGGGCGGUGGGCAUGGUGUGCAUCCACUGGAAGGGCCCCUUGGUGCUGCAGCAGGCCUAUCUCAUCAUGAUCAGCGCGCUCAUGGCCUUGGUGUUCAUCAAGUACCUCCCAGAGUGGUCUGCGUGGGUCAUCCUGGGCGCCAUCUCUGUGUACGAUCUCGUGGCUGUGCUGUGCCCCAAAGGGCCGCUGAGAAUGCUGGUAGAAACUGCCCAGGAGAGAAACGAGCCCAUAUUCCCUGCCCUGAUAUAUUCAUCCGCCAUGGUGUGGACAGUGGGCAUGGCCAAGUUGGACCCCUCCUCUCAGGGAGCCCUUCAGCUCCCCUACGACCCAGAGAUGGAAGAGGACUCCUGUGACAGUUUGGGGGAGCCCUCGUACCCUGAAGUCUUUGCGCCCCCCCUGCCUGGCUACCCGGGGGAGGAGCUGGAGGAGGAGGAGGAAAGGGGCGUGAAGCUCGGCCUCGGAGACUUCAUCUUCUACAGCGUGCUGGUGGGCAAGGCGGCAGCCACGGGCAGUGGGGACUGGAACACCACGCUGGCCUGCUUUGUGGCCAUCCUCAUCGGUUUGUGUCUGACCCUUCUGCUGCUCGCCGUGUUCAAGAAAGCGUUGCCCGCCCUCCCCAUCUCCAUCACGUUCGGGCUAAUCUUCUACUUCUCCACAGACAACCUGGUACGGCCUUUCAUGGACACCCUGGCCUCCCAUCAGCUCUACAUCUGAGGGGAAGCCUGGGCACCGUGGCCUGGAAGCUGGAAGAAACGGUAACUGGAUGCAGUUGUGCAGUUGUACACUCUAGUGCCAUAUAUUUUUAAGACUUUUCUUUCCUUAAAAAAAAAAAAAGCGGGGAGAGAGUAAAAAAGUGUCGUGUUUACUUUGUGAAGAGGAAGGACCAGCUUUUUGGUGCUGGUUGUUUUGUCACCAGGCCGUGGCUCACCCCUUUGUGAGCAUUUGCUUCACCAGCAGGAGACGCGGGAAAUCGGUCCAGAGGAGCUGAGGAAGGUUCUGAGACGUGGGAGGGGCUUGGGGAAGGCCCCUGCUCUCGCCCCACAGCCUGGAGUCCUCUGAGGGCCUAGCCGGAGGACGGGGCGCGUAUAUUCGGGACCGGGAGGUCACGCCUGGGACGGCAUGUAGCGCCUGGUCGCUCUGGCCGGAGAGGAAAACCCAAUUUUCUCUGCAAGGAAUGUUCACCAACGCUUUGUCUAUGAUGCUGUCAUCAUUUUAUUACCUUUAGAGUCCUUGUUAAAAGCAGUUACUGCUGGGAAGUGUCUUAAUAUCAAUAAAUAGACGAAUCCUGUUGCAGUG